UCCUGCAGUGGCGAACCACAAUUAUCAUCGCUAUGGCUGAUGGAUGCGAUAUGCCGCCGGGGAAGCCGAUGUCAGCCGAGAAGACGGUGAUCGACAAGGGCGCGGAGAUGCUGCAGUCGCUGAAGCCCUUGAAGCACUUCAAGCAGCAAUUCUGCAGCUUCGCCCUCUUCUCCCACGAUCCCAUCCGCCAGAUCGAAACCCACCACUUCUGCUCCCGCCUCAACCACGACUUCCACCAGUGCGCCGUCUACAACUCCGACUCCACCUCCGCCCAACUCAUCGGUGUUGAGUACGUGAUCUCGGAGAGUCUGUUCAAGACCCUGUCGCCGGAAGAGCGGAAGCUGUGGCACUCGCACGCGCACGAGGUGAAAACAGGGCUCCUCGCGUGCCCGCGCGUGCCGGAGAGUCUGUACAGGAAGGAGAUCGCGGAGUUCGCGAAGACGUACGGCAAGUUCUGGUGCACGUGGCAGGUGGACCGUGGGGACCGCCUCCCGAUGGGUCCCCCCGCGCUGAUGGCGUCGCCGCAGGGGGUGAACUUGGGAUGGGUGCGCCCUGACUUGGUGAAGAAGCGCGACGACAGGUACGGGAUUUCGGCGGCGGAGCUGAGGGAGAAGAGAGCGGACAUCGAGGAGCCCGACACGAUCGAGGGAUCGAACGCCGACUACUGGGUGAAGUGCGGGAAGGGGUUCUCGGUGGACGUCGUGGAAACGGCGAUGAACCUCCGAGCGCCGUUCCCUUGACGGAUCUCAUCGCCGGUCUCUGAGUGUAUAGGUUGAGGAAGGAGGGAUCUCCUGUAAUGAUGCUUGAACCGAUCAGUUUGAA